AUGGCGGCAGCCGUUGCCAAACUCAACAUAUCUAUAUCCAAGCCCCUCUCCAUGGUCUCCCAAAAGCACGCCGAUCCGGGUGCCCCGCUGGGCACAGGCGCGGCAUCUUCUUCCCGGCUCCAAUCGCACACGUCGGAAGCCCAGCCGAAGACAUUCAGUCGCCUGCGCUCUUCGCUCGAACAGAGCCUGCGGACCGCGACAAAGUCCAAGGCGAAAUCUCCGGCAGCAGUUGACGAGUCAGGCGUGCUCUCUCCCGGAGCGGGCAAGGGCAAGGGGAGGGCGUCCGAGGACGAUGCCCCGAAGGAGAAGGAGAAGGCCAGAUCGAGGAUGCUAUCUAAGGUUUCGUUCCGCCGGCCGGGGAGGGAUGUGUCGACGCCUUCGCCCGUCCCCGCCGUUCCGCCCUUGGCCAGCGAACAGAGCCAGGGUGCGCGCGCAGUGCGGGAUCGGGACAAACCAAAGGACAAGGACAAAGUUCGUCUCGCGGGCCACACCAGCUUCUUGACGCCCUCGUUGCGGCAAGCCUCCAUGUCUUCCCCCACAUUGCAUCUAUCCGCGCAGCCCAUCCCUUCCUCCUUCACACAACCCUUCGCUCUCCCCAGCGGCUCGACCUCCAAUGUUGCUGCUCUCGUAUCACCACCUCGAGACCGUACACGAAGGUCGAGCGCCCAGCCUGCAGUAAGUCCAAAGGAUAUCAGUGGUCCGACUCCCUUGGCCCCCCGGCGAGACCUACGCUCCAAUGGCACUUCCUCACCAACCCCCAGGGAUAGCAGCGAGAUGCAGCGGCCAUCCAAACAGUCUCGGCCACCUCCACUCUCCUUUGCCUCGUCACCCACCGCUCCUUCGUUACACUCCCGCGAGCUCCAGUCGCGCUCUCCACCACCACCAGAGACCCCGACGCGCAGGUCGAGGGAAGCAACGAGAUCACCUGAUCUGUCGCCCCCAAGCUCGCCGUCGCCUCGAGGAUUCGGUGUGAGCUCCUCGAGAAGGGCUGCAGCGAGUGCCAGCCAUUUGCCAUUAGGUCUAGGCUCACCCCCGUCUUCCCCCACGACGCCUCGCGCGACGAGUCCCACACUGGCUCGCUCAUCUUCACGCACCCCCACGACGCAUCGCAAUAUUCCCUCCGCAGCUUCCACAUCGCAUCUGCCCCUCAAUUCCGCAUCACCUUCGAAUCGACGGCCGUCCUUGGACAGCGCUCGACCGAACAUCCCGCCAUCACCGUCGCCUUCCCGCGCGGCGUCUCCCGUCACCCCUGCCCGUACGCGAGCCGUAUCCCCCACGCAACGCAACUACUCGCCUAGCUAUGGCCAGAACCGCCUGUACAACGCGUCGACCACGUCGCUCGCUGCGCCCGCGAAUCCGGAGCACCGGGAGCUCAUACGAUCGGCGACGGCUUUCCUGUGCCGAGAGAUGCUGAAGCCGCCAGCGCAGUUCGGCAAAUCCGGCUUGGAGCCGAAGGACUGGGAAGAGGUCGAGGUGCGGCUGAGGGCGCUGGCGCGCGUUGAGCGGAUAUGGACGAGAAGCGGGGCGGUCGCGAGCUCAUCGCAGGUGAAUGUUUCGGCCCUGGGAAACGGCGUCGCGUCGGGAAGCGAGGAGAAGGAAAGGCGGCUGUUUGGGGAGGCGCUGAGGGAUGGCUAUGUGCUCUGCCAGUGCCUGAACAAGCUCUUCCCGAACUCCAUCGCUCGAGUUGAUCGGCGAGAGGACGGGUUCGUGCGGACGUCGAAUGUCACGAAGUUCCUGGCGGCGUGUUCUACCGUCGGGCUGGGCUCGGACAAGCUCUUCCACCGCGACGACCUAAUCGAGGCGACGAGUGAGUGCCUUGCGCGGGUUGCGAAAACGGUCAUCGCGCUCUCGCAGCUGGCCGAGUUUCCUCCUGCACCGUCGAACGCGAUCCUAGGUGGGUCGCGGAUGGGCAUGAGUCCAUAUGGCCAGAACACCCGCGCCGCCGCGUCAACGCCGAACCUCAGCAUGUCGCAGUUACAGCGCUCGACGUCGCCAGUCGGACCUAGCUCGCCUGGACAGAGGAAAAGGUGGAGUCCCCAUCAGCAUUUACCGACUGUGCGCUCCGACAGCCCGAACGAGGACUCCAGCGACGGCAAGACCGUGAACAACGACGAUGUCUUCGGCAGCAAACCUUCCACCCCUGUUCCAAGCAGCGUUGACCGAGAUGAGGUCCCACCGAUGGUCAUGACCCCUCCUCCGCGCUCACCCCUUCGUGUCCGUCCUGUCGUCGAGCGCAUAUCCAUUGCCGACUCGACCCGCGCUUCUGUCGGCGACUCCGUCAUGGGGUCUAUGGCCGAGUCUUUCGAAGUGCCUGCGGCGAUGAGGCAGUCCCAGGCCUCUAGCAACAUGACCGACUCCACUAACUUCUCCACCGCCUUCUCGAGCCUUUUGGAUCCCCCACGGAGUCCAACGAGCGUCAACAAUAAGUUCGGCACGAUUCGGACGGUCACGACGGAGGCGACCUCCGAGUCGCCGUCGAUGACGCGCACCGAGGGCAGCUCGAUCGCCCCUUCGUUCAAGGAGGAGGGUCGAUAUCGUGGCAUGGACUCACCUACACGUCCGUCGCGCGAGCGUCGGCCGAGCGAGACCGCUAUUGUGGACUUGUCCAGGGUCGUCGAAGAGUCCGAGGACGGUCUGGCGAGUACGCGGGGUGCGAGGUCCAAGGGAGAGAAGCAAAGUCCAGAGCGAGCGCGCUCACCUCUCAGGACAGCCCCUGUCCCCAUAAAGCUGGGGAAGGGGAAGUGGCCCGACGACUUUCUCGGCUUGGACACGUUCCAGGCGCCGAAGUCCUCCCUCCUCGACGACGACGAUUCCUUCUCUCUCAGCGCAUCUGUCCACACGCCACUCUCCAUCUCGCCUCCGCGCAGCAAGCUCGUGAUCGCUGCAUCGCGCUCCCCUAACGAGAGUGUCGAGUCGUUGCCUCAGUUCUCGCCGCGCCGCCCAACACACCGCGCGCGGCACAGCGUCGACACGCCCGGGCUGCUUCCGAAGGACGCCCUGCUGCGGCGCGACUCGAGUCCGGAUGCAGGCGCGUCGCCGUCCCGACGGGUGGUGCUCCGGCGCAGCAGCUCGAAGGCCGCGGGCAACCGGAAUGGCAUCUACAUCCCCCACAAAGAGGGCUCGGCGUCGCCAGACGACAGCGACGCGGCGGUGCCGUUCCCGCGUUCGGUGUCGGGCGAGCACUCGUCGACGCCGCCGGGGGCUGGGUUCGUGUUCCCGUCGGCGUCGCCCAAUGACUCGAAGACGGACGUGAGUAGCGUGCUUGGGGUUGACCGCCCACGGUUGCCACGGGGGCGGUUCCAGAGCGAGAUCGACGCUGCGAGCUCGAGGAGGAAGCCGAGGCCGAACUCGUACGAUGAGCUGGGUGCGAAGCCGAGGAGGUCACGGUUCGAGAGCAUGGUGAACCUGGGCGUCGCCUCGAGCAAUGCGAGCGCGAGCGAUCUUAUGUCGCGCGAUUCGCUGGAUGGUAGUGGCGUACGGCAGACGUUGAUAGUGCGGGAGGAUGGCAAGGCACCGACGCAGUUCCAACUGGGGAACUGCAUUGGCCGUGGGCAAUUCGGCGCUGUGUACAGGGCGCUGAAUUUGAACACCGGGCAGAUGGUGGCGGUCAAGCGGAUUAGGCUAGAGGGCCUGAAGGAGGACGAGAUUUCCCAGCUCAUGAGGGAGGUCGAUCUCGUCAAGAGCCUCUCGCACCCGAGCAUUGUCAAGUACGAGGGCAUGGCCCGGGACGACACCUCGCUCAACAUCGUUCUCGAGUACGCGGAGAACGGCUCCUUGGGUCAGACCUUGAAGGCGUUCGGGAAGCUCAACGAGCGCCUCGUCGCAAACUAUGUCGUCAAGAUCCUCGAGGGUCUGCACUACCUACACCAGAACGACGUCGUGCACUGCGACCUGAAGGCGGCAAACAUUCUGACGACGAAGAACGGCAAUGUCAAACUGUCGGACUUUGGCGUCUCGCUGAACCUGAGGGCGAUGGAGCGGGAGAUGAAGGACGUCGCCGGCACGCCGAACUGGAUGGCGCCCGAGGUCAUCGAGCUCAAGGGCGCGUCGACAAAGUCGGACAUCUGGUCGCUCGCCUGCACCGUCAUCGAGUUGCUCACUGGUCGGCCUCCGUACGCCGACAUCGCCAACAGCAUGUCUGUUAUGUUCCGCAUCGUGGAGGACGAACGGCCGCCGCUGCCUGAGGAAUGUUCUGAGAACCUGCAGAGCUUCUUGAAGUGGUGUUUCAAUAAGGACCCUACUAAGCGACCGAACGCUGAACAGCUUUGUGAGCAUGAGUGGCUCAAGAAGCACUCUGCGGCUCACAAAGAACUGCGGCCCCAAGACAGUAUUCCGUUUUUGCGCCGCGUCAGCGCCGACAUGCAGAAGUCGAAGGCUAUCCGCUACCUAGCGGACUUGGAGAUGCCUGACUCUGACCGGUCGUCCGCGGAUCAACGCCCGAGCCCUCUCGACCUGCCCGGCUCCCCGCCACGGCGAAGGCUAUCGAACGACCCAGAGCCAAUCUCACCCCGGGAACACUCCUUCGUCAAAACGACCUUCGGGAAACCGGUCAUCUGCAGGGUCUGUCUUCAGAGUGUCAAGAAGAGCGCCGUGCUCUGCGAACAGUGCAGUCUCAUUGCCCACGCACGAUGCUCAGGAAACGCCCCGCCGACUUGCGACCUGCGAUCCCAGCUGCUGCUGUACGCGCAGUACGCGGAGAAUGGCAGCUCCUCCCCCAUGGACAUUCUCGCUGCCGCAGCGCAAGGCGGACCGCCCACUAGCCCUACCAGUCAGACGUCCGACGACGGCUUCUCACGGCGAACAAGUAUGGAUUCCGUUCAACCCCACACCCCGGGACAGCAAGGCCAUCUAGCCCAUCCCCCCACGGCAUUCAAAGUCUUCGCCGCAUUCAAGCGCUCAAAGUCGUCGCUGACCAUAGACCAAGACCACCAGUCCACGACCUCGCUCUCGCCAACCCCACCAGUUCCCCAGCCCGUCCGCCAAGUCUCAAACAAGCGCUCGGUGCUGCACCGCAAGAGCACGCGCGACAGUAAAGACCGUCCACAGUCCAUCUCGAGCAACAGCACGUCGCCGAACUCGGCGAGCAUGCGCAGCGCAGUCACCGCGGCGGAGAGCAUGUCGAGCAACAGGCACAGCAGCCACAUGUCGGGCGACAAGUCGGACAGGCUGUCGCGCAUGACAUCGUUCUCGGCGGUCUCUGCGGCGUCUGGUGCGGAGACUGAGCGGGACGAGCCUCGGCUCGUAGGCGGGCUGCCGCCCCCGACUCACCGCGAGAAGCGGCGCGACCGAGACAGCGGGGGGUGUUCCGUACAAUGA